AUGUAUGCCCAAUUCACCAACAGAGAUAUGAUAAGAGAUAAAACUAAUGUUAUAUAUGCUAUACUAGAGGAACAGAAGACACUCAACACUCUAAAGGAGAUUCUGCAUGAAUACUAUGAACGGGCAGAUCAUACUUGCUUUGUGAUAAAAGAGGAUAUUGUAGGAGACAUACAGUAUGAAUUCAGUCAGCGACAGCAGACCUUCGAUGAGACCUGGGACUAUAUAGACAAAGCACUGAAGGAAGAGUUUCCUGACUCACUAUACAAACGGAAGAGAAGAAAAGAAAAGAUCUGUGGAAUUAGAAGGAAAAUAGAUUAUACGAGUGAAGAGGAUGACAGUAUAAUUGAUCGGAAAAAUGAAUGCAUACCUGCUAGAAAGAAGAAAUCAAAAAAUCAGAAAGGUAUUGAAAGUCAAGGAAAGUCUACAGUCAUAAAACCAUUAAAGGAGAAAGACGAAAAUGCCCUUUGCGGUAUUUUGAAACCCAGGUUUCUAGAAAAAGGUAUCGAUCAAUCAAUAUUAGAAGUCUUUGCAGACGAGGGCGUUAAUGGAGAAGUGUUUUGUACGAUUUCCAUGGAAGAAAUGCAUUUCCUGUUUCCGAAAGAACGUUUUUCUAACAUUUCAUUUGGACAAAGAAAACUCAUCUUAAACGUUCGUGAUGAAAUGGUCCAAGAAGAAAAAAAUGGCAUUCUGUUCCCUGACAACUUAGAAAGAGAGCAGUCGGAUAUUCAAGACACUGAUGCAGGUGAAGAAUAUUCAACAGAUUAUCCGGUUUCAGACAAAUUUCGUGAAACUUUUAGAAAAUUUGGAUUUGCAGCGAAUGACAGAGAUAAAUAUCUUUUUGAUUCCAUCCUUACAUCAGAAAACCAAAUCACUAACAGUUUAUUAGAAACGGUGCAUAAUUUCAUGUACGAAGACAUGGAUGAAAGUAUGAUUCCAGACUGGAUCGCCAAAGCUUCCAUUCCAUACAUAGCUAGCUGUUUAAAUGAACGUGUGAAUGGUACCAUUCAUUUUGGAGUGAAGGUACUGCCCAAUGAAAGCACUUUGAAGGGAAAUAUAAUUGGGAUAUAUGCCAACAAACAAAAGAUAAAACGGCGUCUAUUUGAGGCUAUACGGAAUGCCUUCUUUGACGAUGAUUUCGAAAUUGUAAGUCGAUGCGUACAACCACCACAGUUUAUCCGAGUUGUAAAUUCAGAGAGUUCAGAUCUUGAGGAAUGCCAGUCGGGAAAACGAUUCAUUGUUGAAAUUGACAUCAUUCCUAGUUCUAGCCUUGUCGAAGAAAUUGCAUUCUUUGUGAAAAAAGUGUCCUCAAAGGAAGGACCCAAAAGAUGCUUGUUCAGAUUUCGAAAGGGAACAGCUAACCCAAUGAUUUUGACAGGAGAACAAGAACAUUCUUUUAUGACUGCUAAGUCAAAGAUAUACCAGGAACGCAGGAUUCAAGAAGAAAAUAGAAUCCAGUCAACCGCAAAGUCUAAAGACCUUCGCCAACAAUUUCUGAAUUUAUUUUCAUCUGGUAAUGAAGAAUUGUUGGGGGAGAUUUAUCCUAUUUUGUUUUUGAGUCCAUUGGAAAGUGAUCUGGGAGAGGAAUUCGUUGCAGAAAAUUUUGAAUUUCUAAAUGACAUUGAUCCGAGUGUUAUAUUUGAUUUUGAUUCCUGUAGCCAAGGAAGAGGCAUGUUCCAUUUUGUUGAAGAUGACCAGGAGAAAAUUUUUAAAAUUCUAACUACUGAUACCUUUGAUAAAAAUAGUGAAGAAAACUCGGGUAAAGAUGCCUUAAAUAAUGCCUUGGAAGAUCUUAGAACAACUGUCAUCAAACCAUGGGUAUUUUGCAACGGUUAUCAACCCAUUAGAAAAGAUCCUCUCAAAAAAUUAGCAUGGAAACAAAGCAGGAGCAAUGGAUUUAAAGAGGCAAUACGGUUUUUCUAUGGGGAAAUACCGGAAGACCGUGCUUUAAUUGUAUUUCUACUUUUCUCGAAAAACUAUGACAUUAUGCUGGAUGCUGCAGAUGAAGUUUUAUCUAAAUUCCCAGAUCAAUGGCUCCUUCUUGCUACAAAUGAAUCAAUUGCAAACCACUGGAAACAAAAUUUAUUGGACAGAGAAAGUGUAGAUAAGAAGACUCUAGACAAAAGAUGCAUAAUUGGGAUGCCAUGGAAACAUGUCAACGAAAUGAUCAAAAAAGUCAUGGGAACAAAAGCAACAUCUGUUAGUGAAAUUCCAACAUCACAUGGUGGAUUUUGUCGCUUGAAGGAAAAAACAAGGAAUGAACUGUUUGAUCUUGAAAUUUUGAGUUCAAAUGAGUGCGAUAAUGAUCUAAACAUUGCAAAAGAUGAUAUAGAACAGCAUAGGAAGACUGUUGAGGAAGCCUUCUUUAGAGGAGGUGUUGUGCAAUGGUGGAAUCUUUGGUUUAAAGAAGACCACGUGUUAAAACGCCACAUGCACAAACGUCUAGUGGAGGAAAUUUGCAACGUAUGUGAGGGAAAUGAAAUAGACGAUGACAGCAAAGUUGGUAUUGUUCGGUUAGUUCAUCAGCCAGGUGCAGGUGGCACUACUUCUGCUAAACAAGUUUUAUGGGAACUUCGGACAAAGUAUAGAUGCGCGGUAGCUCGUCGAAUUACGGACCAAACUUGUGACCAGAUCGAAAAGUUCAGAUACUAUGAAGAAUCGGAAAACCCUAAGCCACCAAUUAUUCUCAUAGAUAAUGAAGAUGAGGAAAAAUUGACAAAUCUCUUCGCCCGGUUAGAAAAUAGAGCACGGAUCCUCUCCAGAAGAAGUGAAGCACCAUGCAAGGUGUACUGUGUAUUUCUACUUUGUUUUCGACGUGCAAAUCUUCCAAGGAAUUUACUUGAUCAUACGUUUCAGUUACGCCAUGAGUUAAAUCCUCAAGAACAAAAAUGGUUUCAACGCAAAAAUGAACACCUCCAAAAGCAGUUUAAGACUGAAGGCGGCGUUAACCCAAUGUUACUUAUUUCAUUCAACAUGCUGAAAGAAAAUUUUAACAAGGAUUACAUAAAGAGAGCUGUUCAAGAAUUUGUGGAUGAUAUUAAAGGCGAGCAAGAACAAGCUCUGCUUUGUUAUCUCUCUCUGAUGAAUACAUUUGAUUUAGACUUCCAAUCUGUGCCAAUCAGUUCAUUUGAUCCAAUGAUGACAAACUUCAAAAACAUUAGAAAAAUAACAUUUGGUUCUGUCACACAACAAAGGCGGGGAUUCCGGGAAACAUCGUGGGAAGUAAAUUUGAAUCCUUCAUUGUUGGUUCUUGUAAACAGGAGUGCAAGGGUGGAUUGUAGCAGUCAGCUAAAAGGGUUUUGCAUCAUUAACCAAUUGUUUGCAAGCGAGAUAUUUGCCUACAUUUCACUGAAGAAGCACAUGACAACAAGUGAAAUGAUGAUGCAUUUCCUUGGUUCUCCAGUUUUUAAACGGUACAACAGGUCAUAUGAAGCUCUCAAAAAGAUCACCAAAGAUAUCAUGAAGAAGCGAGAACUACUGUCAAAUGGAAGAAAAGAAUAUUUUUCACCACUUAUCAUGGAAGUGAUAAGUAAAGAAAGUGUAGAUAAUGCUGCAAAGAUUUUAGAAAUGGGAUUUGAAAUGUUCAGCGACGCUAUGAUUGCGCAGCAAAUCGCACGAUUGUACAUGUAUGCUAAAAACUGGGACAAAGCUGAAAAUUUCGCAAAAAUUGCAACACAGAUGAAACCAGAGAGUUCGUAUUUGUGGGAUACAUAUGGUCAAGUAUUUAAACGCCAGUUAACAGAUAUGUACCUAGAAACGUCAAAGGAAUCGUCAGAAUUGCAAGAAAAAGAUGCAGUUGAGGCCAUUCAGCUUGGUUUUAAGGCAAUACAGAAAUUUAAUCAAGAACAAGAAAAGAGUGAAAAAGAACAUGGUGUCAAAUUAAAUGACGCUGGGUACUUUGCUGAGAUGCGCACGGUACUGAUUUUACUGGAAAUUUUGCAUUUUUGCCCAGGAACCAAUGCCCCAGGUAACCUUAAAAGAUUUCUGAAUGAUAGUCAUUAUAUACCAAAAUUCUGCCAGAGUUUAUCAGAAGAAGCAGUACAAAAAAUAAAGAGUUUUCAAUUUCGAACAAACACGGUGAUGCGAAUAAUUGAAGAGCAAAGUUCGCAGUUGAAGAGUGAAAUAAUGAACAACGCAACUGUGUGCAAACCGGAUUUUACACAACGAAAUUCUUUAACGUACUUACGAGAAAAUUUAGAUAACUAUUUUGGAGAGAAUUCUGAUGUUAUCCCUUCGUCUCUGAAUAAGCAAGACAGGGCAGAAUUUAUUCGCCGUAGAGUUCGACGACUCGUUGGAAACACUUUGACAACAGUACUAAGACUAAAAUCAAAAGAAGACGGUCCAGUUAUUCUCAGAAAUGUUGAGGUUUUGCUGGUUCAGAACUGUAACUCGGCAUACUGCACAGUAAAUGAUAUCACACAACUGGUGAGUGUUUCUAUCGUGAGGAAUCUAUACAAGGACAACGCUGAUGAUGAGUAUAAAGGGUUACUGCAGUGGACUAAGCGGGCCCUAGACAUGACAGGAAAGUCUGAAGAAAGACCGUCUCUAGAGAUCUAUCUGUUUCUUGCUUUGUUGCAUUGGCCAACAGUUCGAAGAUACGCAAAAUUUGCAGACGAUCUGUGUACAGUUAAGCAGCUUCAGGAUGUUAUCAAAAAAUGGAAAACAAUCUUUCUUCAGAUUUAUCCAAGACAGCGUGAAGACACUUACUUGCAUCGAGGGGACACCACAUUUUUCUUCCUUGGACGUGGAUCAACAUUUAGCGAGAUAGUUUACUAUGAAGAUCUGCAUGAAAAAGGCAAUUCUCGAUAUUUUCGUGGGGAUUCAGUCUGGCGAAAACAAAAAGUUAGAGAUCGACUUCAAAGAGUGCAGGGAAUAUUGAAACCACAGGGUUUGGAAGUUAUUAUUGAUAUUACGAGUCCACGAGGGAAUGUUGAAACACUAGUGAUAACAACAUCACUUCCCGUUGCUCAGAGGCAUCUGUGGAAUAAGAAAGUUUAUUUUUAUGUAGGCUUCAGUUGGUCUGGUCCCAAAGCUUUCGAUGUUUCUCUUGAAGAGACCCCUUCCUUGGAAACACCUAGGCCUAUCAUGUCUACAGCUGGGUCUUCAGUCAAGGUUAACAGUGGGCUUCAGAAAUAUCGUGAUGUCAGCAAUCACGAAGUCUAUCAGAAGAAGAUGCAGGAAUUCAAAAAUCUCCUCAAGAAAGUUGAACAACUAAAGAGAAUGAAGAGCCUUACGGAAAGAGAGAAAGAGCUGGUAACGAGAGAGGAAAAGAUCAUUAGUGAAAGACAAGAUUUAAUGAAAAGAAGAGAGGAAUUUCUGUCUGGGGCAUUUUCUACGUAGAUUAUCCCAAACACUGGCAGCAUACGUUUUCUGAUGAUUUUUACUUUUACUUCUUGCGUUAGAGUACACAUCUACAUGUACAAUACUAAAUUAUCUUUAGACGUUCAAUCUGAAGAUGAUAAACUAAGAAAUGAAAAAAAACAGCAUUUAAUUUUCUGAUGUAAUAUUUCAGUAUGAUGUAAAAAGUGGAAGUUUAAAAAAAUUACUGCCUUAUAUUAUUUGUAGUUUCUAAUUUUUUAUAAUUUUCGGCCAUCAACUAACCACUAUAUUAAUUGAAUAAAUAAAAUUUGUG